AUGAUACGGCAGCCCGGGCCGCGGCAGCCUCGGUCGAGUACCGGGAUCCAUUUCUUCGUCGCGUUAAUGAUAGUGGUGAUUGCUGUGCAGGGCACUUACCUCGGCUAUGUCGUCGGAAUUCUAACAACCCUGGAGCGAAGAUUCGGUUUCACCAGUGAAAAGACGGGACUCCUACUGUCGUCGUACGAUCUCGGCCACACGAUAGCGAUCCUGCUAGCCGGAUACUUUGGAACAAAAGGCCAUUUGCCCAGGAUAACAGGAGCCGGCGUUUUGCUCAGCGGUCUCAGCAUGCUGGUCCUCAUCUUUCCGGCCGUAAUUUUUCAAUUCAGCGAGUCGGAGGAGCAGAAAGCGUUGAAAUUGGAAGCCUACGUACGGGAUUAUCGUUGCGAUUCCGGGCGUUAUUAUGAUCCCUCGGCUGAAAACUGCAAAAGUGAGCACACCGAGCACUUCUGGGCCUUUGUCAUUCUGCUGAUCGGACAGUUCUUGGCCGGAGUUUUUGCUGCCCCUUUCAAUACCUUGGCUUACGUAUACAUUGACAAUAAUGUACUCGACCGCAGGCAGUCCCCAUUUUUGCUAGGAUUGCUUACAAGCAUGUACGCCUUCGGACCGGCACUUGGAUUUGGGUUAUCGGCUUUGACGACCAGGGUGUAUACGACUUUAGAGGAAGCUCCUCACCACAUCUCCAAAUAUUCCAUGGACUGGAUCGGGGCUUGGUGGGUGGGCUUCGUCCUCUGCGCCCUUUUCUACAUUGCCACCUCAAUUCCAUUUUUCUUCUUCCCAAAGUCAUAUACAGCUACGGAAGAUGAAAAGGGAAUCGAAAUGAGGCAACCACUUCAUCACCCUCACCUGGCGCCUUCGCAUUGUAGUGAUGAGCCAAAGAUGAGUGGAUAUCAGAAAUUUGUGUUUUCAACGAAAGAAUUCAUCCUCGUCAUCAUCGACCUCUGCCGAAAUCCUGUAUUCGUGUCGAUAGUAUUUGGAUGGACGUUCGGUUCCUAUCUCAUCGCCGGCUACACCACCUUCCUCCCCAAAUACAUCGAAACCCAGUACGGGAAAUCGGCCAGCGCUGCCGAUUUUUAUGCUGGCAUCAUCUCUGUUGGUUCGAUUGCUGUUUCGACAGCCGUUGGUGGCUGGUUGCUGACCAGAUAUGACAUUAGCCCGAGAAAGGGUCUGGUAUUGCUGAUGGCUUCGUGGUUUUUUAUUCUAUUCUCCUAUGUCGCGGGAACUUUCGUGGGAUGUAAACAAGCGCAAAUCAGCGGUCUCCAUUAUGAGGAAUCAAGGCGCUCGAGCAGCCUGAUCCCAUUCUUUGACGUCUACACCAAGCCGUGUUCCGUGGAGUGUGCCUGCGCAUCCGUAAUGCACUUCGACCCGGUCAACUUUGAUGGCGAAAAUUUCUACUCGCCUUGCCAUGCAGGGUGCACCAGCUACAGCCCUUAUGAGAAUCGGUGGACAAACUGCCAAUGUCUCGACAAUCGGCCAGUCGAAAGCGGAAUCGCUCACCCUGAAUGCAAUGAUUUUGUGUGGUAUAUGGUAAUCAUGUUCAUCGGGUUGUUCGCUGGAAAUCUCUUCUUCAUGGUGACGAUGAUGAUCGUUUUAAGGCAAUCGGUUUACGAUGAUCAAAAAGUGAUAGCGCUCUCAUUUGCUUCAUUUUUCACCAACCUUCUCGGCUUCAUCCCGGCCCCGAUUUUCUUGGGCUGGGUGGUGGAUAGGGCUUGCAUAUUGUGGCAUAGCAGAUGUCAUGAUGAUGGCGGAAAUUGCGUCCUCUACGAUAAUGAAGGACUGCGCGUCUCCUUCCAUCUUUCGAGCGCCAGCUUACAGGCCCUCGCCAUCCUGGCCAUCUUCGUCUGCUACCUCUUCUCCCGAAAUCGCAAAUUCCCGGAGGAAGAGGACGGCGACUACGUGUACGCACCCGACAACGAUGGGGAGUGCAUG